AUGCAGGCCGAGAUGCAGAAACAGCGCAGGUACAAAGCCGGCACCGCAGAACUUUUGACCGCGCGAAGGACCAAGGACGAGAUGGGCAAGGGGGGGGGGAUCGUGGCAGCAGAGAAAAUCGAAAAGAGCAGCGAUCAGACAGAGAUCCAGACAGAAAAAGCAACCUCGACGGCCGAUGGCCAGCUGGGCUCGACGCUGAACAGCUGGACUGGGCGCAAGAUCCGAGACACGAUAUCGCCACGCCCGCCCGCCUCAAAGCAUCCGCCAGAGACAGAGGAGAGGGAUGGAAAAGGACGAGCCGCGAAAAGGUGCAAGCUGUCACCGAAAGCGGCUCGAGGCCCGGGACGGACGGGCUACGCGGCCGUGGUUCGUGUUAGAUCCAAACCCAGUCUUGCCGAGGCGAAGGCCAGUACCGAGCAAGGCAGGGAAGCUCUCGAGAAUGCUCUUCUCACUUUGGCUUGA